CUCUAAAUUUGAAGCAACUUCAGCGGACACUGUCUGUCUGAGAUGGGCACUGCCACUCAUCUUGUGAAGCUCUUGCUCUUCCUUCUAACUUUUCAUUCUUCCUUAGCUGAAGUUUUCUUUGAAGAAAGAUUCGAAGAUGGGUUUAAGAGUCGUUGGGUUUUAUCCGAUUGGAAAAGGAGUGAAGGAAAAGCUGGUACCUUUAAGCACACAGCAGGAAAAUGGCCUGGAGAUCCUGAUGACAAAGGUAUACAGACAUAUAAUGACGCCAAGCAUUUUGCCAUAUCUGCAAAGAUACCAGAGUUGAGCAAUCAGAACAGAACCUUGGUGGUUCAGUAUUCCAUUAGAUUUGAGCAGGACAUUGAAUGUGGGGGUGGUUACAUCAAACUUCUUUCUGGUUAUGUCAAUCAGAAGAAGUUUGGAGGUGAUACUCCUUAUAGUUUGAUGCUUGGACCAGAUUUAUGUGGCUCACAGACAAAGAAGCUCCACGUUAUACUGUCCUAUCAGGGGCAGAAUUACCCUAUUAGAAAGGAUCUUCAAUGCGAAACAGACAAAUUGACUCAUUUCUAUACAUUUAUUCUAAGGCCUGAUGCCUCUUAUAGUGUCCUUGUUGAUAAUCGAGAAAGAGAUUCUGGAAGCAUGUAUACAGAUUGGGACAUCCUUCCUCCAAGGAAAAUCAAGGAUGUCAAUGCUAAAAAGCCAGCAGACUGGGAUGAUAGAGAGUACAUUGAAGACCCUAAUGAUGUCAAACCAGAGGGAUAUGAUUCAGUUCCAGCUGAAAUUCCUGAUCCAAAAGCCAGGAAGCCUGUUGACUGGGAUGAUGAAGAUGAUGGACUAUGGAAGCCCCCCAAAAUUCCUAAUCCAGCAUACAAAGGACCAUGGAAACGCAAGAAAAUCAAGAACCCCAACUACAAGGGAAAGUGGAAGAUUCCAUGGAUUGACAACCCAGAAUUUGAGGAUGAUCCUGAUCUUUAUGUGCUGAAACCAAUAAAGUAUGUGGGCAUUGAAGUGUGGCAGGUGAAGGCUGGUUCACUCUAUGACAACAUCUUAAUUUGUGAUGACCCACAGUACGCAAAGCAAGUUGUGGAAGAAUUCAUGGCUAAUAAUAGAGAGGCUGAGAAAGAAGCUUUUGAAGAAGCAGAAAAAGAAAGAAGGGCUCGGGAGGAAGAGGAGGCACAGAGAGCAAGAGAAGAGGGCGAAAAGAGGAGGAGAGAAAGGGAUAAUAAAUAUGGAGAUAGGAGGCAGCGUAAGAGGCCGGAUCCUCACGAUUACAUGGAUGAUUAUAAUCAUGAUGAACUUUGAAACGUGCAGUAUGGGUUGUUAUAGAGCAUUUAAGAUUCAAUUGGUUAGUUAGGAUUUAGUUUGUUAGUUGCAUAUUUAUUUUAGAUUUAAUUGAGCAUUUUAUUUAAGCUUUUCGUUGUAUACCAGCUUAUAUUUAUCAAAGUAUAGGCACAUUGUAAACACAACUUUCACAUAUGAAAAUUCAGAGCUCCUAAGAUGGUAUUCAAGCUCUGAACGUUCCUUAUAUGAAAAGGUUGUGUCUGGAUCUAUAUAUAUAAGGUAUACAACACAAAGCUAAAAUAGAAAACUCAAUUAAAUUUGAACUAAUUAUGCAACUAACCAGCUGAAUCCUUAUCAAUCAACUGAAUUUGAAUUGUUCUAUAACAUGGGUAGUUGGUCGCUUCGUAAUUGCAACAAUCUUCGAUGUCUGCUUUGAAGUUUCAAGUUUUUAAUGAUGUGAAUUGCAGGUCCAAAGCUGUAAUUGCACUGACCGUGCUGAGCUGUACUGAACUGUAUCAUUUGGGUAGAUAGAUAUGAGCGUCGGCCAUUAUGUUAAACUUGGUUUCUUUUGGAUUGGUAAAUAACAACUGGGACAGUACUGAAGGAUGGAAUCAAAACAUUUUCUUUUGGAUUGGUGUGACGUAUAAGGCUUGAUAGUAUAAGUUUAUACUAUACGUUAUGAUAUUUUCAGUUGUUUGGUGUGACCAUCGUAUAAUAUAAGCUUAUACAGCAGGAUCCCUUAAUACAUCAAACGAUGUAUAACUUAAUCUGGCCGAAGGGAGAUGGAUAAGGCCCGAUA